AUGGCCCCCAAAGCUGCUGAGAAGAAGCCCGCCUCGACCGCCGGCAAGGCACCGGCGUCCAAGGCGCCCGCUGGCAAAGCCCCCGCCAAGAAGGCCGUCAAGAAGGCCCCCGCCGCCGAUGGUGACAAGAAGAAGAAGCGCAAGGUCCGAAAGGAGACCUACUCUUCGUACAUCUAGUGCGUUACCCUCACCUGGGGUGUUUCGGGAGCUCAUCGGGCCGAGAGCUGAUCGUCGUCUGAUCAAUGCACGCGUCGCGUCACUGAUGUUUCGCCCGUUCAUAUAGCAAGGUGCUGAAGCAGGUCCACCCCGACACUGGUAUCUCCAACAAGGCCAUGCUCAUCCUCAACUCGUUCGUCAACGAUAUGUAAGUCGACUACUUUCUCGCCGACCCUCUUCGACGCGAUCCUCCUCCAAAGUCACGUGAGACCUGGGGCUAAUUCCCAUUAUCUUUUCCAGCUUCGAGCGCAUCGCCACUGAGGCCUCCAAGCUCGCGUCGUACAACCGCAAGUCGACCAUCUCUUCGCGAGAGAUCCAGACCUCGGUCCGCCUCAUCCUCCCCGGAGAGUUGUCCAAGCACGCCAUCUCGGAAGGAACCAAGGCCGUCACCAAGUUCUCCUCGGGAUCCAAGUAA